GACUUCAAGGCGGCUGACGUGGACGUGAACACCGAUCAGGAUAUCGAGAAGAACUUGGACAAAAUGAUGUCCGAGAGGGCUUUGUUGAAGGAGCGCUACCAGGAGGUGUUGGACAAGCAGAGGCAGGUGGAGAAUCAGCUGCAGGUGCAGCUUAAGCAGCUCCAGCAGCGGAGGGAAGAAGAGAUGAAGAACCACCAGGAGAUCCUGAAAGCGAUUCAGGAUGUUACGAUCAAGCGAGAAGAGACAAAGAAGAAGAUGGAGAAGGAAAAGAAAGAAUUCUUGCGGAAAGAGCAGGAUCUGAAAGCAGAAAUUGAGAAACUGUGUGAGAAAGGCAGAAGGUUGCUGAAAGAGCAGGAGGAGAAGGAAAACAAGAUUGCUUCUCUCAUUGCGGAGCAGUCUGAUGAAAAGCAGCUCUGGGAGAUGGAGCUCGAUAAGCUGAAGAACCAGCACAAUGAAAUCAACAGGAACAUUCUCGAGGAGACAGAACGGGCCUGGAAAGCGGAGAUCCUGUCCCUGGAGAGCCGGAAGGAGCUGCUGGUGUUGAAACUAGAAGAAGCAGAAAAAGAAGCAGAGUUACACCUCACCUACCUCAAGUCUGCGCCGCCCACGCUGGAGACGAUGAGGCCGAAGCAGGAGUGGGAGAUGAGGCUGAACAGGAUACGGAUGACCAAGGAAAGCGUCCGCGUAAGUUCCGCGGCUCCAGCGUAACCGUGAGCAAUGGGCUUAUUCUAACCAGCCUUCUCUUCUGCACCUGUUUUUCUUUCUCAGACAGAUUUCAUGCUGACGGCAUUCCAGCCCAACCCAUCCCUUACUCCCAGGCUCCCGUUUCCCAUCGGACCAGUUCCCGUUCCCAUGGUCAUGCCGAGCGCUGAUCCUCGGGCGCUCUCCUUUCCUCUCCUGAACCCCGCGAUCUCCAGGCCCAACCAGCCUCCCCCGCCGCUGCCCGCUUCCCAGGGACGGAACAGCCCAGUCGUGGCAUCGCUUAUUGGCACGCACGGCCCUCACAUGACUCCCGCUGCCUCCAUCCCUCCUCCGCCAGGCCUGGGAGGAGUUAACGUCACUCCAGAGUUUUUUUCCCGCCGAUAAGCUGGAAAAGCUGCUGGAGAAGUUGUUGGCUCGGUUUCCGCAGUGCAACAAG